UUGAAUCAGGGGAAGUCUCUCUCACACACACUGUGUGUUGCCGCUGCUAUAUUUGUGUCAUCUUUCUCAGUUUCGAAACCAAACUUUUUCUUCCGCUGAAAGUUGAAAUUUCUUCAACUUGGUCGCUGAAAAUCCAUUCCCCAGAAGAACAAAAAGCAGCUCCCGAUUCCCAUUUUGGCUUUCCUUCUUCGCACAACAUUGAAUAUUCACUCCCCUUUUGCAGAGAAUUUCAAUGAUGCCUCAAAAGCAUUUACACGAGCUGUUGAAAGAGGAUCAAGAGCCCUUUGUUCUCACCAAUUUCAUCGCUGAUAGACGAUCUCUUCUGAAACGCCCUUCUCCCAAAUCCAAUUUACACCUCAAGAGGCGAAAACCCAUCUCGGAAACCCUUGAUUUUCCCGGAAAAUUUUGCAAGAGCGCUUGUUUUUUCUCUUUCCAUGAAUCCCCUGACCUCAGAAAGUCGCCGCUCUUCGAAUUUCAGUCUCCGGUGAGAAACCCCAAUGCCAUUUUCCUCCAUGUUCCGGCUAGGACGGCGGGGAUUCUGUUGGAAGCUGCUCUUCGCAUUCAGAAACAGUCAACGGCGGCGAGAUCCAAACCCCAUGGAAAAACUAAUGGGUUGGGGCUUUUGGGUUCUUUUCUCAAGCGGCUCACCCAUCGGGGCCGCGCUCGGAAGCGAGAAAUUGACGGCGAUGGUCGGAGAAAUGACCUCGGCGGCGGCCGGCCAUUGCCGGCGAAAAUGGCGAUUGAGGAGAAUGAGGACGAGAACGUGAACGAGAACGGCUCUGUUUCUGGGCAGACUAAUUUAACGAGCUUUGCUUUCUGUGAGAGUAACUUUUGCGAUAGCCCUUUUCGAUUUGUGCUUCAAUCGAGCCCCUCCUCCGGUCACCGGACGCCGGAGUUCUCUUCGCCGGCGGCUUCUCCGGUUCGCCGCGACCAUCAGGACAAUGAUGUGGAAAGCUUGAAGAAAUUGCCAGUUGAGGAUGAGGAGGAAGAGAAGGAACAGAGCAGUCCAGUGUCCAUAUUGGAUCCUCCGUUCGAGGACGAUGACGAAGGACAUUACGAGGAUGGCGAGGAUGAGGAUGGUUACGAUUUGGAACGGAGCUACACCAUUGUACAAAAGGCAAAGCAUCAGCUAUUAAAGAAGCUUAGGAGAUUUGAGAAACUAGCAGAACUAGACCCGGUAGAGCUCGAGUCUUUUCUACUAAAAGGCGAGGAAGACGAACUCGAUGAUGACGAUGACAUCGAUCAUCUCAAGGAAGAAGAGUAUGAAAGCCACAACUUCGAACAACACGACGUAGAGGCCAAUGGCAGUUCAAGCUUCCAAAUUCCUCAUCGACUGGUCCGAAACCGCAUUACAGGGGAACAGAGAGAUCAGGCUGUAACUGACAACAGAGAAGAGAUGACAAAGGGGGUGUACGUGAGAUCGGAUUUGUGGAAACGGGUGGACUCGAACGCCAUAGACGCGACGGUGGGACAAGAUUUGAAAACAGAGCUUGAUGGGUGGAACAGAAAUGAGGAUCAGAGGGGAGAGGUAGCCAUAGAAAUAGAGCUGGCAAUCUUCAGUUUGCUGGUGGGUGAAAUGCAAACAGAAUUAGAUUGCUUAACUCAUUAACUGCAAUUCAGUGAUUGGAAAUUAUUCCACUCCACAGAAAUAAUAUUCUAAAUUUCCACAAA